AUGAGAACUAUUCUCUUAUUUCAUCUGAUGUUUAUUUUAGAAUUGCAAGAUUUUUUAAUAAUACCAAACAGCGAAGAAAGACACCCACUAUCCACUUUACAACCCCAAGUAAUAGCUAGUAGUUCUACUUCGAGUAAUUACUCAAACUCAACACCUGAGUUUAAAUGGACUGUCAAUGAAACAAAAAUGCUCAUCGAUAUGUAUAGCAAAUACAAGAACAAAGUUGGCACAUUUGAAAUAAAAAAUCAAAAAAUGCUGUGGGAAAAAUUUUCCGAGGAGUUACGAAAAUUGGGCCUAAGAGGUACAGCUAAUAAUUGUCUGAAUCGAUGGAGGGUGUUUGAGAGAAACUACAAAAAAUUCGUGGAUAACCAGAAUAAAACAGGUAGAGGUCGUAAACAUUUCGAAUAUAAAGCCGAAAUGGUGGAAAUAUUUGGAAAAAAAGAAUAUCAACCCAGAGAUUUUGCUUGA